UUUGUUAGAAAUAAAUUAGAAUAUAUUUAUUGACAUUUUUUUUGCUUGGAUUUAGAGGCAACAAAGAUAAUAUUAAAGAAGAAAGGGAAUCUGACAACGGAAAGAGAUGAAGAUGGGCACACCCCUCUUCAUUAUGCUGCACACAAAUGUUGCAGUUCUGUUGUGGAAGAACUGUUAAAAUGGGAUGCAUCAGCUGCCUAUGUAUGUGAUAGAAAGUUGGGGAUGACACCCCUUCUUAUGGCAGCCAGGCAAGGCCAUUUACAAAUAUCACAAAAGAUUCACUCUUUUUGUCCAGAUUGUUGUGAAAAUGUGGACAAGAGAGGUUGGAAUUUACUUCAUUUUCUGGCGUUUAGAGUCUAUCGUCCUCGUAUAGCAAUUUACUUUUUCACACUUAGUCGCAAGAUGGAAUGUGCAUCAAUUAGAAAUCUAAUGGACUGGAACAAUGCCCUUGGAAUCACACCUCAUCAAGUUUAUGAUGCAUAUCAACCUAGGAUCGCUAGAGCGAGGAAAUCUUUGGAGAACAGUGGGCAGAAAGAGAAAAAGAAGCAAAUUGAAGAAUUGUUGGAAGAUAUUGCACUUGAAGAAGUAGCGGAGUGCCCGGUUUAACCCUUUUCCUUACCGACUGUUUCUGCAAAAAACUUGGAGAAGACAAGAGAUGCUCAUUUUGUAGUGGCAGGACUUAUAGCCACCAUCACAUUUGCAGCGGCAAUAACUGUUCCUGGUGGUUUGCAGACUGAAAAAGGGUCAGAGCUAGGCACUCCCCUUUUGAUUGAUAAGGCAGCCUUCAAAGCAUUUGUUGUAACAAAUGCAAUGGCCUUUAUUGUCUCUGUUUCUGCCCUCUCCAUCCACUUUGAGGUUGGGAAUCUUCUUUUACCAAAACUAAUUUUUAGGAGAACUGAUAUGAUUGUAUCUCGAACUCGGUCCGCUUCUAAUCUCCUUGGUCUUGCAGUGAUUGCGAUGGUAAUUGCUUUUAGCACAGGUAGUUUUGUGGUUUUAAAACCUUCCCAUGGACUUGCCAUCGCUUCAUGUUUCAUCAGCCCUGCCUUUUUUUUUUACUGUUUUACUAUUAACAAUCACAAGCUUUGGUGGAGAUGUCUGUGAUAAUAAAGAAUUUCGUCCCGAUGAAUUUUGUUUAUGACAGUGUGAUUUAUUAAUAUUUCAUUUCUAUUAUGACAA